AUGUAUCCAAUCGUAUGCAAGGUGUAUAUGCAUUUGACAUUGGAUAUGGGUAUUCCCGUCUUGGUGAAUACUUCUGGGUGUCCGUUUGGUGAAGGAUGCCACUUCUUGCAUUAUGUUCCUGGUGGCAUUAAAGCUGUGACUCAGAUGCUUGGCAACCACCCUGCUCUUCCAGCAGCUAGAAAUCCAGGAAUCCCACCAUCCUUCCCAGAAGGUUCAUCUCCUCAGGCUGUGAAAACACGUCUGUGCAACAAAUACAACACAGCUGAAGGGUGUAAGUUUGGUGAUAAAUGCCGUUUUGCCCAUGGUGAGUGGGAGCUUGGCAGGCCAACAGGUCCAUCCUAUGAAGAUCCUCGUGCAAUGGGACCAACACCUGGCAGGUUUGGUGGGCAUAUGGAGCCAACACCACCUGGCCUUGCAGCUGCAUCUAGUUUUGGGGCCUCAGCCACAGCUAAGAUCAGCGUUGAUGCUUCUCUAGCUGGAGCCAUAAUCGGAAAAAGUGGUGUGAACUCGAAGCAAAUUUGUCGGGUGACAGGAGCCAAGCUUUCCAUAAGAGAGCACGAGUCAGAUCCUAACCUGAGGAAUAUUGAGCUUGAAGGUACAUUUGACCAGAUUAAACAAGCCAGUCAGAUGGUUCGUGAGCUUAUUGUGAACAUUGGUUCUGCUUCUGGACCUCCUAUGAAGAACCCUGUCAUGCCAGGUUCUACUCCUGCAAGCAACUUCAAGACAAAAUUGUGUGAGAACUUUGCAAAAGGGUCAUGUACGUUUGGGGACAGGUGCCAUUUUGCACAUGGAGCUGAAGAAUUGCGCAAACCAGGGAUGUGA